CUGGGGAGCUCGCGCCGCCGCUCAGCCGUCCUUGCGGGCCGGGCGGCGGAGGCGGAAUGGGGCGCGAGGCGGCGCCCCGCGCCUGAGGCCGAGGCGGAACCGCCGCCGCCGCCGCGCCGGCGAGCUGGACCCCGACGGUGUGAUGGACAGGUAGCAGAAGAUUCCACUCUGAUAUCAGGGAAUCAGAAUGACUGAGUGUUUCCUGCCUCCCACUAGCAGCCCCAGUGAACAUCGUCGGGUAGAACAUAGUGGGGGUCUUGCUCGCACUCCCAGCUCUGAAGAAAUCAGUCCUACAAAAUUCCCUGGAUUGUACCGCACUGGUGAGCCUUCACCACCUCAUGACAGCUUGCAUGAGCCUCCAGAUAUAGUAUCUGAUGAUGAAAAGGAGCAUGGGAAGAAGAAAGGAAAAUUUAAGAAGAAGGAAAAGAGAACGGAGGGUUAUGCUGCCUUUCAAGAGGACAGUUCUGGUGAUGAAGCUGAAAGUCCUUCCAAGCUGAAGAGGUCCAAGGGAAUACAUGUCUUCAAGAAACCCAGCUUUUCCAAAAAAAAGGAAAAGGAUUUUAAAAUAAAAGAGAAACCCAAAGAUGAAAAACACAAGGAAGACAAACAUAAGGAAGACAAGCAUAAAGAGAAAAAGUCAAAAGACUUAACUGCUGCAGACGUUGUAAAACAGUGGAAAGAGAAGAAGAAAAAGAAAAAGCCAAUUCAGGAGACAGAGAUACCUCAAGUGGAUGUUCCCAGACAUAGACCUGUGUUUGGCAUUCCUUUGGCUGAUGCAGUAGACAGGACCAUGAUGUAUGAUGGCAUCCGCCUGCCAGCAGUUUUCCGUGAAUGUAUAGAUUAUGUAGAGAAGUAUGGCAUGAAAUGUGAAGGCAUCUACAGAGUUUCAGGAAUAAAAUCAAAAGUUGAUGAGCUAAAAGCAGCCUAUGAUCGAGAAGAAUCUCCCAACCUGGAAGAAUACGAGCCCAAUACAGUAGCCAGCUUGCUGAAACAGUAUCUUCGAGAACUGCCUGAAAAUUUGCUUACCAAAGAGCUAAUGCCCCGCUUUGAGGAUGCUUGUGGAAAGAGCACAGAAGCUGAGAAAGUUCAGGAGUGCCAGAGGUUGCUGAAGGAGUUGCCAGAGUGUAACCAUCUCCUAAUUUCUUGGUUGAUUGUGCACAUGGAUCAUGUUAUUGCAAAAGAACUGGAAACAAAAAUGAACAUCCAGAAUAUUUCUAUAGUGCUCAGCCCUACUGUCCAGAUCAGCAACCGUGUCCUGUAUGUGUUUUUUACACAUGUUCAAGAGUUCUUUGGUAAUGUGACCCUAAAGCAAGUGACAAAACCUCUUCGCUGGUCAAAUAUGGCAACAAUGCCAGCACUUCCAGAAACACAAGAAAGCAUUAAAGAAGAAAUUCGACGACAGGAGUUCCUACUAAACUGUUUACACCGAGACUUACAGGCAGGGAUAAAAGACUUAUCCAAAGAAGAGAGGCUCUGGGAGGUGCAAAGAAUUUUAACAGCUCUUAAAAGGAAACUAAGAGAAGCUAAGAGACAGGAGUGUGAAACAAAGAUUGCACAAGAAAUUGCUAGCCUUUCAAAGGAGGAUGUCUCCAAAGAAGAAAUGAAUGAGAAUGAAGAAGUUAUAAAUAUUCUACUCGCACAGGAGAAUGAGAUUUUAACAGAACAAGAAGAACUGCUGGCCAUGGAGCAGUUUCUGCGGAGACAGAUUGCCUCUGAGAAAGAAGAAAUAGAUCGCCUUCGAGCAGAAAUAGCUGAAAUACAAAGUCGCCAGCAGCAUGGUCGAAGUGAAACUGAGGAAUAUUCUUCUGAGAGUGAAAGUGAGAGUGAAGAUGAGGAGGAGCUGCAGGUGAUCUUGGAAGAUUUGCAGAGGCAGAAUGAGGAACUGGAGAUAAAGAACAACCACCUGAACCAAGCGAUUCAUGAGGAGCGAGAGGCCAUCAUUGAACUGAGAGUACAGCUUCGACUGUUGCAGCGAGCUAAAUCGGAGCAGCAGGUGCAGGAAGAGGAAGAGCCUGAAAAACGUGGGAGUGCUUGUCAGCAGCAAAGAGACAGUGUCCUAGAGACAAAAGCAGCCAAAGAGCAGCCAAAAGCAAGCAAGGAGCAGCAAGUCAAGCCAUCACCAAGUAAAGACAGGAAGGAAACUCCGAUUUGAUCAGGCUCCUUGGGUAAUCAUAAAACCAACUGAACUGUGCAAAUUACUGUAAUUUUAUUCAAACUGCACAAAUUAUUGCUGGCUGUGUACAUUAUGUAAAGAAACUUUUCUUUUAAGCCCUGGAGACUUUGUCUCUUUAAUACUUGUGGCUUCUACUCAUCAGACUCAGGUGAGUUUGGAGAGGCCAGAAGAGUUUUCCAGCUGGUAUCAAUUAUUUCAAGACUGAUUUCCUUCAGGUGAUUAAAAUAAUUCAGUAACAGUUUUAUUUUAAACCAAAACCAUUAUUUGCAUUCACUGGAGCAGAAUUAGAAGAUCUCAUUUUCAGUAAAUAAACAAAAACUCACCCACACUUACUAAUUAUUUGCCUUGUGAAUCUAUUCAUUCUCAUUCACAUUAUUUCUGCUUACCUAGUCACUUCUUGCUUGUGCCUUUGAUACCUUUCUGAUGCAGAUUAUAUACAAGGGAGCUUUAAAUUUAUUUUGGUUUGGCUAAAAUGUUGGGAGUCUGUGGGGUAUCGUGUUUACCUAACAAAUGCCCUCAAUUUCAUUUUUGUUCUAAGAUGUACUGAAUAAAUGUAAAACUUGACAGAUGUUA